AUGAAGACACAUUGUUUGAUCGAAUAUGUCACGCUUUUGUAUUUCAUACUGACGUUUCUCAGUCGUACCCCCGUGCGUGCAGCGGAAAAUGAACGAAUCGGAUUGGCUAGUCUGGAUGACAACACCUUAUUGGCCUUCCUACUGCUGAUACAGUUGGAAGUUCCAUAUUUUUUGGGUCAAUUGUCACAAAAAGAAAAAUAUGAAAAAUUAAUUGAAGGUACUACACAUUUAUUUAGAGAAGAAAUAGCUAAUGGUGAAAGGGUGAAAAAGCAAAAAGGAUAUAGUAUUCAGGAUAUAAGACAUGUUAUCAUAGGGCUUAACUCCAUCCUGACAGAUGUAGAAAGAGGAAUUGGGAAAUAUUUCACUUGGAUAGAAUUAAUAACAAACGAAUGCUGGAGAGAAGGAAACAAUUGUAGAACAUUAAGUUCUCGGAAUUGUGUCUUACCUGUUUUAAGCAUGAUUCCACACAAGACAUUUCCAAUGACAUGUAGCAGCUGUGUAAUGUAUGCACUGAAUUAUGCUUUGCAUUCUAAAUUUUUAUUUAAGAAUUUGUUUGAAAUUCAAAAUUGUAAUGAAGAAAAUAAUUUAAAAUUGCUAAGUUUGAGCAAUGACAUAAGUGUAAUAAGAGAAUAUCGAAUUUAUCUUAACAGUUUAGAAACAAUAUCUGUGCUGAAAAGUGUAAGAAGUGAAAUUAUAAUUUUACAAAUAAAAGAUGCAAAUAAGUUGAUAAAUAUAUUAAAGACAAAAGGGACUGAAAAUUUCCUACAUUUAGUGAAUAAUGCAUUAAUGGAUGUUGUUAAAAAAAGUAAAAGUACAUAUGAUAAACAUUUAAAUUACAAUAAUUUUUUUAAACAAAUUGACGAAAUUUCAACCAAUUUAGAUAUUACCAAAUUGUUGACAUUAACGAUUAAUGGAUAUAUAUAUCUUGAUCAAGCAACUAAUGACAUUAUUCGUACUCAGGAUUUUGGCCUUUUUUUUUCAGAGUUCUAUUUAAAAAAAUGUAUUUCGUUAUUAACAGGUCAAAAUUUAUUUCUACAAAUAGAAAUUGCAAGUGCCAUAAGGAAUGAUGUAUCUCUAAGUGAUAGAGGAGGAAAAGGUGGCGCAGACAACCCACCCGUGGACAGUUAUAUCCCAUUCGGGAAUUUACUAAGCCUCAUCGAAUUCGAAUUAAUGAAAAAUAAUUAUUUGCACUUUGGGUCUAGCUACUUCUCAAACACGACUAUGGUGCUAAAGAAAGUUAUUUAUGAUGAUAGUGAAGAUUCAAAUAAUAUAUUUACAUACGAAGGAUUAAAUAGAGACAGGUGGGGCUGGGACAAUUUGCUGGUGCACAAGGGGAAAAGGGAAGUGCAAAAUGGGAUCCUACAAAAUGGGAAUUUGCGACGUGCGCCACAAAAUGGGAUCCUCCAAAAUGGGAUCCUCCAAAAUGGGAUCUUGAAAGAGUCUACAGAACAUGAGAAGAUAAAAAGAAUUGAAGAGUUUAAAAGAAAAUAUAUCGAUUUAAUGGAAGACCAGACUAUUUUUUGCAUCAUUAUAGUAAAAACUUUGGCUCAAAAUAAGUACGCCCUCAUGAAAAGUGCGAUUGUUCAGCUUUUAAAAAAUCCUGUCUAUUCAAAUUCGCUGAAAGGAUUUAACUACAAUGAUGUAAAAACUAUAAACGAAGAUCUAGUACAAGUGCUAGGAGAAUCAUUUUAUGACCCCAGAAACAACAUUAAGAGAAGAACACUUGAUUUUGGGCUAAGAAUUAACAAAAGAGAAAUUGAAGGUAUUGAGAAAUUACUACAAGAAGGAUAUAAAUUAGUUCAGGUAGCUUUUCACAACUUUAACUCUAUUUCGUUAAGUAGAAGAAAUAACAUAUAUUCUGCAAUUAAAAUGUUUUACCUGUUUGAACACAGGUUACACUAUCUCAAUGAUUGGGAUGCACACAUAUUAUUCUCAAAAAGAAUAUCACCAGAAGAUAUGAUGGAGAAAAACUAUAAUCUCUAUUCAUAUGCACAAAGUAAUAGUAAUCAUUGGUUCAUUGUAUGUUGUACUGUCAUCCCUCUUUUGAUAAUUGUGUUAUUGUUUACACUUUACAAGCACUUGUUUCAGGGGAAAAGUAGACUAUCCUUCCUUUUUAAAAAUAAAAAAAACAAAAAAGCCAGCUAUGCAACAUCCGUUCGCACAUACAAGCACUAUAAGGACUUAACGAUAGGAACGAAUUUAUCUAACACGCGAAGGCAGCGCGCAGGCAGGGAAGAGAUGCAGCAUUUGCUACACAAAAGGAAAAGCAGAACAAGAAUGAAAAAGAGCAGUAACAGGAAAGCAAGCGCAAACGGGAAAACAAGCACAAAUGGGAAAGCAAGCGCAAACGGGAAAACAAGCACAAAUGGGAAAACAAGCACGAAUGGGAAAACAAGCACAAAUGGGAAAAUAAGCACAAAUGGGAAAACAAGCACGAAUGGGAAAACAAGCACAAAUGGGAAAACAAGCACGAAUGGGAAAAUAAGCACGAACGGGAAAACAAGCACAAAUGAGAGUGUAGACCAUGCUGUCAAUGCAUACAUGCGAGCACGGGUAGGGCAUAAUAAUGCUCCUUCCCACAAUGCCAAUUUUGGAAAAUACAUGCUCUCAGGGGAAACCAAAAAAAGGGGCACGAAAAGUAGUGACACAAAAAGUAGUGACACGAAAAAAAGGGACACAAAAAAAAGGGACACAAAAAAAAGGGACACGAAAAGUAGUGACUUCUUCUUGGAAGAAAUUCAACCGAAUUACAAUUUCAUUUAA